AUGAACAACGCAAAACGCGUAUGUAGCUUAUUGUGUCGGCACCAAUCUGUACUGGCGCUCUCUCAUUUCGGAGCAUGGAGCGGCCGGCCUUCCAUCUGUGCAUCGACUCGCGGACCUCCAUUGAGGCUGUCGCCGCUGAGGUUGGCAACUUGCCAAUAUCGCAGUUAUUCUAGUGAUGUAAAUGGCGGUGAAUCGUCCGAUUCGACGUCAGGAGGAGCGCCAUGUGGCACUGGAGUCGACGGCGGCGUCGACGCCGGGCAGCCUUCCACGGAGCAUUCCGAGCCACUGGAUUCCGACACGUUUGUACGUCUUGUAUCGUCUAUAAACGACCGAAACUCGUCAUUUGUUGUCGCAUUGCAGAAGUUCAAAGACCAGUUACAGGCUGAUUGCUCAAGGGCAUACCCGUUCCGCCUCCGAGACUUGCGCACGUUGUUGGAAUUCAGUUCGCAGCUACUGGGUAUGCAGAGUGACCCAAAUGCGUCAGAGGUUAUAUCCGGAGCAUUUGAACUAUUCAAAUCAGACGGCAGCGCCUCGGCUGCAUUUCACCUAUGUCGUCUGUUUUCGUCGUUUAAUAACUGUCUCGGGCGCACCAUGACGUCCACUGUUUUCCAGCGUGUAGUUAACAACCGCGUGGGUAUGAUGGGAGCCAAGUUUCUCUCUCCGAAAAAGAUGGACAACCUCCGGGAGAAAGUGGGCCCCGGUGCGGAAAUCGCAAUGAAGUUUCUGGCAUCAGCCAUAACAGAUCGCGACAUCACCGGUUUAGAGGGAUGUUGCGAGAAGUCAUUGUUUGACUUUUUGAAUCAGGGACUAGGCUACCUGGAUCGCAUGGGUUUGAAGCUUAACUUUGAAGUGUCUGAGGUGAAGGAUACCAAGCUCGACGUUUUCUGGCUGACGAUUGGAGGGAAGCGCGGUAGCGAGAUUUCGUCGCCAUAUCUGAUGAAGCAGGCGCUAGCGCAUCAGAUUUUGGUGGAAUUGCCGAAGAAGUCGGGUUUGUCUUCGGGAUCGCCAGACGAAGACACGCCAAUGAAUAGGCAACAAAAUCGCGAGCUGGUGAUGAAGACGUUCGAGAAAGGCAUUCUAGCUCGCAUGGAGGUAUUGUUGACUGUACGCCAGUCCUUGAGUCUGCUUGACUCACGUGGAUCGACGGUGUGGGAGGACAAUAAGAAGAUUGCCACUCACAAGUUGACCUUCGAAUCUGAAAUCGCUAUGCGCUCGCGUGACGAUGAUGACAUAGAAACCAAGGAUUGGACGGUUGUUGACAUAAACGGCGUGCUCAACAGCAAUGCACCAUUUGCCGCGCGAUGA